AUGAAGCUCCUUCUCGAGAGUCUCAAAAUCGCUGUUCCGUGGUCUCUUUUGCUCUUUUCCUUCGGACUGAUUUGGCACCAGAAUAACCAGAUCAGCGACCUUCAAGUACGUUAAACUUUUCGAUCGGUUUGAGAGUAUUCUUUUCAAGACUGGACGGCACAAAAGAGAAUUGUCCUCGAAUUGGCUUCCGAAGACAGACGAUGAGUCGACUGUUUUUAUGCCUAUCUACGCUCAAGUAUCAGUAAAUGAAUGCUUCUCUGCUCCCACAAAACUAUUCGAAUUUCAGAAGAAACACAUUCGAAAAGUAUGUAUGGAACACUUUCACUCACUGAAACAUUACCGCGAAUUGGAGAAGAAAGAGCAGUCUCGAAUUGCAGUCGUCAAAGAGCUCAAGAGAAGUUGUGAAUGAUUCAUGGCUCCACGUCAGUCUGGUGUGUUUCAGAGUGCUCCGCGGAGGCGAGUUUCGGGCAGCCGGUGCAGGUCGGGGAGCGAAGGAAUUCGGAAGGAUGCGCGUACUUGGACGGAGGGCACUGGCACGUCUGCGAGCUCUCGCACGGCUACACAAUGCUCACUUUCAAAGGGAACCGACGCCUGAACACUUCGGAGACACGCGCGGUUCAGUUCCUGCCCUAUCCGUUCGAUGGUACUGUUUCUUUGGAAUGCUCUCGUUUUCAUGGAAUGCUCUAAUUGUCAGGUACGGACAACGUCGUCUACAACAACACAAUGUACUACAGUGAGCACGAUAAACUGAUCGCUUUCAAUCUGAAAACCGAGAAAACCAACAUCGUCAACUUGAGAACUUCUAUGGUAUUUUUUUUCAAACUUUUCAAUAUUUAGCUUCAGUGUUUCUCAGACUCCGCUCUAUGCGAAUUCCACUUCAAGAAUAGACGUCCAAGCCGAAGAGCACGGAAUUUGGGUGUUCUAUCGGCGCCAAGACGAAGACAUUCUGACGGUGAGCCGUCUGAACGCCCAUAACAUGCAGAUCGUCUCCAACUGGACCCUUCCCUCGAUCAACACGACCUCUCUGUGCAACGCGUUCGUCCGAUGCGCCGUUCUCUAUUCGCUCGAGUGCGACGGAACCGUCUCCCCGGUUUACGACUUCUACAGUCACACCUACAUCCGAGGAAACAGAAUCAAAUGGGAGGGUGAGUCGGAUGAAAUGGAUGGAAAUUUGAGUUGAAUGAUCUGUGAGGUUUCAGGUUUGAGCCAGCCGAUUGGAAACGUGCACUACGAUCCGAACAGCAAGUCAAUCGCCAUAUACGCCAAUGCGAAAAUCUACAAAGUUCCAGUUAUUCAAUGA